UUUGUCCUCACCCCUAGACUGAUAUCUCCAUCAACGAGCUGGACAUCAACUCGCUACAUCAUGACUCAAACACCGACACUCUCUGCCAUACCCCAGCAUAUGCUCCAGGUCCCAGAUGACGAUCCAGGCAUCCUCUCCGAUGUGAUGCCUAGCGCAGAACCGUCGCGUCCGGCUUCUAGCGCGCCGGAGACAGAGUCGGACCUCGAGGAGAGCGAUAUGGAUAUGGACGACCCAUAUGAGCCUAACGGUGUGAUGCAGACACCUCAAAGCGCGAAAGCUCGCGCAAAGGAGGCCGCAGCGUCUGCCCGAAAAGAACGACGGCACAAGAAGAAGACGCAGGAUGGUGAGCUGUCCCAACGGCGGCAUGAGCUGGACAAACAGAAGGUCGCGACCGCUAUGAAGCGGUACAGCUAUUUGCUUGGUCAAACGGAACUAUUCCAGCAUUUCAUGGACGCGAAGAAGGCGCGCGAUCCUGCGUACAAUGACAUCAUCGAGCCAGAGAAGAAGAUGAAGGGUAGAAAGGCCGCGGCGGUUGAACACCGGCACCGUAAGAGCGAGAAGGAAGAGGACGAGGAGUUGCUCAAGGAGAACGAGAAAGAGGAUGAAGAGGAUGAAGCUAUCGUAUUUGAAUCAUCUCCGCCUUAUGUUACUGGCGGUACCUUGCGCGACUACCAGGUUCAGGGUCUCAAUUGGAUGGUGGACCUGUACCACCAUGGCCUUAACGGUAUCCUAGCCGAUGAGAUGGGCCUCGGAAAGACACUUCAGACUGUGUCCUUCCUUGGCUAUCUCAAGUAUUAUAGGAACAAGGGAGGGCCGCACCUCGUUGUUGUGCCGAAAAGCACUUUGGACAAUUGGGCGAGGGAGUUCGGGAAAUGGAUCCCAGACUUCAAUGUUGUAGUGUUGCAGGGCACGCGGGAAGAGCGCGCACAAAUCAUACAAGAGCGCCUCCUCCCGCAGAAGUUCGAGGUCUGCGUCACCUCAUACGAGAUGUGUCUACGUGAGACUUCUUCAUUGAGGAAGCUCUCUUUCGGUUAUAUCAUCAUUGAUGAGGCUCACCGGAUCAAGAACAUCAACUCCAUUCUCUCGCGAAUUGUUCGAGAACUGGCCUCUGAAGGUCGUCUCCUGAUCACUGGAACGCCCCUUCAGAACAACCUCCAGGAGCUUUUUUCACUGCUCAACUUCAUCUGUCCCGAGAUCUUCACAGAUUAUGAAGAUCUGGAGAGCUUCUUGCACAAGGAUAUUGGCGGCGGCGGCGACGUGGAAAUGGACGACGACGAAAAGAACAUGCGCGUCGUGCGGGCGCUGCAUAAGAUCCUUCGUCCGUUCUUGCUCAGGCGUGUGAAGAGCGAUGUCGAGAAAAGUUUGCUACCAAAGAAGGAGACUAAUCUCUAUGUUGGCCUCACCGAAAUGCAGCGCAAACUGUACCGAAGCGUCUUGGAGAAAGAUAUCGAGGCCGUUAGAGGCAUGACUGGGAAGAAGGAAGGCAAGACACGGCUGAUGAACAUAGUCAUGCAGUUGCGCAAGGUCACUUGCCAUCCAUAUCUGUUUGACGGUGUGGAGCCUGGGCCACCGUACACGACUGACGUACACCUGGUCGAGAAUGCUGGAAAAAUGGUCAUCCUCGACAAGCUGCUUCAGGCCAUGAAGGCUAAAGGUUCCCGUGUGCUCAUCUUCAGCCAAAUGAGCCGUAUGUUGGAUAUCUUGGAGGAUUAUUGCAUGUUUCGUGGCUUUCAGUAUUGCCGGAUUGACGGUGGCACGGCGCACGAAGAUCGCAUCGCUGCUAUCGACGAGUACAACAAGGAAGGCAGCGAGAAAUUCGUUUUCUUGCUCACGACCCGUGCUGGCGGUCUUGGAAUUAAUCUCACAACUGCAGAUGUUGUCAUCCUCUACGACAGCGACUGGAACCCUCAAGCAGAUCUGCAGGCCAUGGAUCGCGCCCAUCGUAUUGGUCAGACGAAGCAAGUUUACGUGUAUCGUUUCAUAACGGAAGGCAGUGUGGAGGAGCGCAUGUUAGAACGUGCCGCUCAAAAGUUACGUUUGGACCAGCUCGUCAUCCAGCAGCAACGAGGAGCUGCCCAACAACAGAAAGCUGCGAGCAAAGACGAGCUAUUAGAAAUGAUCCAUCACGGCGCCGAGAAGAUUGCAAACUCUACCGAUGACAUGAUGGUCAACGAGGACAUAGAUGCCAUCAUCGCUCGUGGUGAAAUGAUGACCGCCGAACUGCAAAGCAAAUAUGAUUCACUGAAUCUGGAUGAAUUGACCAACUUCAAAACCGAGUCGACUGUCCAGACGUGGGAGGGUGAAAACUUCGAGGGCCGCAAAUUCGCGCAGAUGUCACUCAGCUGGCUGGAGCCAGAGAAACGGGCGCGCAAAGCGAAUUAUUCCAUCGAUCAAUAUUACAAGGAAACCAUGCGCGCUGGUCCUGUUGCUCCGCCGAAGCCGAAGAUGCCGAGGGCACCAAAGCAGGUUGCUAUCAAUGACUACCAAUUCUUCCCGCCACGGCUAGCUGAACUCUACGAGAAGGAGUCGAACUAUUUCCGCAAAACUCAAGAUUACAAGGUGCCUUUCCCUGAGCCAGAGAAUGAGGAGGACACGCUGGAGGACAGGGAAGCACGUCGGGCAAAGGAGCAGGAGAUAAUUGACAAUGCAGUGCCCCUGACUGAAGAGGAAAAUGCCGAAAAGGAUGAGCUAUCGACCCAUGGGUUCCAGAACUGGCAACGACGAGACUACCAAGCCUUCAUUCGUGGAAGUGCUGACUUCGGUAAAGACUCCUGGGAAGAGAUCGUCAAUGAGAUUGGGAAGGACAAGACGGUCCAGGACGUGCAGGAGUAUGCAAAGGUGUUUUGGGCUCGCAUCGACGAACUCGAAGACAAGGAACGUAUCCUGCAACGUAUCGAGGAAGGUGAACAGAAGCGGGAGAAGACCCGUUCGACGCAAGAAAUCUUGGACCACAAGGUCAAGCAAUACUCUUACCCCAUGCAGGAGCUCGAGCUCCAUUACAAUGUCACGAAGGGCAAGGUCUGGAGCGAGGAGGAGGACCGUUAUCUGCUUGUGCGGCUACAGCACUACAAGCUCUCGCGUGACGAUGUGUUCGACCUGAUCAAGAAGGACAUCUCACAAUUCCCGCAGUUCCGAUUCGAUUGGUUUAUGAAGAGCCGAACAUCGGCGGAGAUCAGUCGCCGCUGUACCACACUAUUAAAUAUGCUAAGGCGUGAAGUUGGCGAGGUGGCAGACGACGACGACGACGAGAAGCCUGCUAAGCAGACAAAGAAGAAUGCAGACAAGGAGAAUAACAAGGGGAAGCAGAAGCGCAAGUUGGAUGACAUCAAAGCUGAGGAUGCUCCCCCGUCGCACGCGUCGCCGGCCCCCGUGCAGUCGAAUGGUAUCGUGGCAAAGAAGUCGAAGAAAUGAGCCUUCGCCUCAACCCUGCUUGCAAACCAUUGUUCUCUGUAGUGUACAUCAUUGUAGGAUAUCUGAACGCUUGCAUUACACCUUCCGUAGCUUGCACAAUACUAUUAUGAAAAC